AUGUACGUCAUCCGCUUGAUAUACACGGUACUUGUGCUCUCCUCCCUCUCUGCAGCGUAUGUCCUUGGUGGCAUGAAUCCGCAGGUGUUCCAGCUUGCUAACUCCCUCAUCCAGGAGGAUCAUGAAAUAUUUGACCUAGUGUCAGCUUUGGAAGCAACUGAGGGGAAGGCAACAUCCUUCUACUCGUUCUUGGGCGUGAGCCCUAGCGCCUCGUCCGCUGAUAUUGGGAAGGCAUAUCGCAAGAAGAGUGUCACGAUGCAUCCCGACAAAAAUCGAGGGCUAAAGGAUGCCGAGGAGCGCUAUGCGAGGCUUGGGGUGAUCUCAAAGAUCCUCCGUGAUGAGGCAGGUCGCACUGGUUAUUAUUAUUCGCGUUUCCGGCCUGGUCUCGGCAGUGUCUUGAUUUUCCUCGCAUUCCUCAGCUCUGGAAUCCAGUAUAUCAUACUUCGUAUCAACCAAAAGCGGGAUUUGAAGCGUGUUGGAAGGCUCAUUCGCCUCGGAAAAGCUGCCGCAUAUGGCCCCAAAGGCAUCCCGAUUGAGGGGAAGCGGAAGGUUAGAGUCCCCCUCACAGAUUUCUCCGACGACGGAAACCGUGGAAGAAUGGUAGACUUAUUAGUUGAAGGCCCUCGCGUUUAUAUGUCCAUCCCAGGUGAUGAGCCCGUGCUUUUGGACGAGUCAAUCGUCCCAUUCCCUCAUAUACGUGACAUUUGGGUGCUAUCUCUACUUUCGAAGGGGCUGUCAAGACUGCGAAACGUCAAACUCGAAGUGAACCACUCAAAGGCCCAGCAUGAAAUCCCGCGGCCGAGGGUACCAGCGAUGAAGGCACCGACAGUGGUAUUGCUAACGAGAGCGGCAUGA